UCCCCUCUCCCCUCGGCUUGCCCGGCUUCAGGUCCGUCCCAAGAUGGCGAAGUUAUUGAGCUGCGUUUUGGGGCCGCGGCUGUACCGAGUCUACCGGGACCGAGGCCCGUCCAGAAUACGCCGCAUCCGGGAUGUGGCAGAAGACACCACGCAGCCGACCCCCCUGGAACCCUCUUGGGAAUCAUAUUAUCAGCCACGGACCCUUGAAAAACAUGCAGACAGCAUUCUUGCACUGGCUUCUGUACUGUGGUCCAUUUCCUAUUACUCUUCCCCACUUGCUGUGUUUUACCUGUACAGAAAAGGGUAUUUAACAAUGUCAAAAGUGGUUGCUAUCUCUCACUAUGUUGGGACCCUAAUGCUCUUGCUGGCAGGGAUUGCCUGCCUCAGAGGUAUUGGCCGCUGGACGAACCCUCAAUACAUCCAGUUCAUCACCAUCCUCGAGGAUGCACACCGGUUUGGCACACCUGAGCACAAGAAGAAACUUGCCAGCUACAAUUUUGACUUUAGGAGUUGGCCUGUGGACUUUCGGUGGGACGAGGCUACAAGCCGGUCAGAUUCUCGCAAUGUUCCCCUAUUACGGUCAGAACCAAAGCACCGAAGUGCCGUUAAUGGCUUCCUGCAUGCCAUCAAGAAGCUGCCCUGCCAGAUUGCAAGCUUCAUAGUGGCUCAUACUUUUGGACGGCGCAUGCUGUAUCCAGGCUCGGUAUAUCUUCUACAGAAGGCCCUCAUGCCCAUGUUGCUUCAAGGACAGGCCCGGCUGGUUGAGGAGUGCAAUGGGAAAAGAGCAAAGCUGCAGGCUUGUGAUGGAAAUGAAAUUGACACUAUGUUCAUGGAUCGGAGAGAGACCUCAGAACGACAAGGCCAGAAGUUGGUGAUCUGUUGUGAAGGAAAUGCAGGCUUCUAUGAAGUUGGCUGCCUCUCCACCCCCUUGGAUGCUGGAUAUUCUGUGCUAGGAUGGAAUCACCCUGGAUUUGCAGGCAGCACGGGAGUUCCACUGCCACAGAAUGAGGCCAAUGCCAUGGAUGUGGUGAUACAGUAUGCCAUCCAUCACUUGGGCUUUCUUCCUGAGGACAUCAUCCUCUAUGCCUGGUCCAUUGGAGGCUUUACAGCCACUUGGGCAGCCAUGUCAUACCCAGACAUCAGUGCCCUUAUUCUGGAUGCCUCCUUUGAUGACCUCGUUCCUCUUGCCCUCAAGGUCAUGCCGGAAAGCUGGAGGGGCUUGGUCACCCGAACAGUGAGACAACAUCUGAACCUGAACAACGGAGAACAGCUUUGCAGAUACCAGGGGCCCGUGUUGCUGGUGCGCAGAACCAAAGAUGAGAUCAUCACCACAACGGUUCCUGAAGAUAUAAUGUCCAAUAGAGGGAAUGACUUGCUUCUGAAAUUGCUACAGCACCGGUAUCCCAAAGUUAUGGGAGAAGAGGGUGUACGAGUUGUACGGGAAUGGCUAGAAGCUUCUACACCUAUGGAGGAAACCUCUGUUUAUAGCCGCUAUGAAGUGGAAGAUGACUGGUGUCUGUCUGUCCUGAAGUCAUACGAAGCUGAAAAUGGAGGCGAAUUUCCCUGGAGUGUUGGUGAGGACAUGACACCUGAAGGGAGACGGCAGCUUGCACUAUUCUUGGCCCGGAAACAUCUACAAAACUUUGAAGCGACACACUGCACUCCGCUCCCUCCGCAAGAUUUUCACCUCCCAUGGAGCUUAUAGCACCCCCUUUACUACGACACUGAUGGCUUCCUGUUUUGAUGUCUUCCCAGCUCACCUGCUGAGUGCUUUUCUUGCGUGUGUGUUAUAUGUCUGAUUAUCACUGUUAUCCUCCCAUGUGCACGCUGUAAAUCUGCCUCCCCUCCUCUGUAAUAUUUAUCCUCUAACCCCCAAACCCUUGUACCAUAAAGGGUUCACAAUAAAGAUGGUAUUUUUUAUA